AGAGACACAUUCGGUGUCGAACACUGAGAGCGUUUACAUCGCUUCGAGAGCAUCGCCUCAAUAUGAGUUUGGAAAAAUGGGAGAGUGACGAGGAAAUUAAAAUAUUUCGGGAAUAUUUACGAAUUCCUACCGUGCAUCCAGAUGUGGAUUAUACCGCUUGUGUGGAGUUCCUGAAGCGUCAGGCGAGCAGCCUGAAUCUGCCAGUGGAUGUAGUUUAUCCUUCGCUGCCUUCGAAGCCUGUGGUGAUCAUCAAAUGGGAGGGCAGCCAGCCGGAGCUCCCUUCGAUCAUUUUGAACUCGCACACGGAUGUGGUGCCCGUCUUCCCCGAGAAGUGGACCCACGAACCAUUCAGCGCCGACCUGGACUCAGAGGGAAGGAUAUACGCCCGAGGUACGCAGGACAUGAAGUGCGUUGGCACCCAGUACCUUGGUGCCAUUCGCGCCCUAAAGGCCAGUGGAUUCCAGCCCAAGCGUACUCUGUACGUAUCCUUCGUGCCAGAUGAGGAGAUCGGUGGCAAGUUGGGAAUGGCCGAACUAGUCAAGACCGAGUACUUCUCAAAGAUGAAUGUGGGCUUCAGCAUGGAUGAAGGAGCGACUAGCGAGACGGACACAUAUCAUUUGUUUUAUGCCGAACGUUUGCGAUGGGCAUUCAAAAUAAAAUUCAACGGAACUUCUGGACACGGUUCCCUCUUGCUGCCAAACACCGCGGGAGUGAAGCUCAACUACGUCCUGAAUAAGCUGACAGAGUAUCGCACCUCCCAGGAAGAUCUUCUGGCAAAGGAUUCGAGCCUGAGCAAAGGUGAUGUCACUACGCUGAAUCUCACUCAGCUGAGCGGCGGAGUGCAGAGCAAUGUGGUUCCCCCGUUCUUCGAGGCUGUCUUCGAUCUUCGCGUGGCCGUCACUGUGGACAUUGUGGCCUUCGAGAAGCAGAUACGAGACUGGUGCAAGGAGGCUGGUGACGGCGUUGAACUUGAGUUCAUCGUACAGGAGCCAUACGUGGCACCCACUAAGCUGGAUGAGUCAAACCCAUUUUGGGUUGCCUUCAAGUCAGCUUCGGAUGAACUUGGAUUAAAGGUCCAUCCCAUAGUCUGCCCCGGAGCCACCGAUAGCCGCUACAUUCGCCUGAAAGGAGUCCCUGCCAUUGGAUUCUCACCCAUCAAAAACACCACCAUGAGGAUCCACGAUAAUGAUGAAUUUCUUCAGGCGGAUGUAUACUUGAACGGCAUCGAAGUAUACAAGAAAAUCAUACCAAACCUCUCUAAUGCCUAAGAACAUUUUCCUGAUCCCAAGCGCCUACCUCGUUCUUAAUAAAGAUUAAUCUUAUUUCCACCGA